AUGGAUGCGAACCCCUUCGACAACGAGGGACACAAGGCCCUCCACCGCCUUGCUACCGCGCCGCGCGAGGAUCUUAGGCUAGACGUUUCGGAUGGGAGCUUCGCCAUUGGGGUGCUGCACCAUGAGAAGAGUGUCGACUGUUUGCCGGAAGACUUCUACUGGUCGGCAUAUGAGAAGCGGAUUGGGGUCGCGGAUAUUACGCUGAGGCUUGCGGGUGAAGUCAUCGAGGAGUCUACGCAGAUGAAGAACUUGAACUAUAUGAACAAUAACAUUAUUGUGUUCACAUCUCACGAUCGCAAUGCGCAACCUACCCUCUCGAAUUCUCCGCUCUCGCGAGUUCCUCUUCAACCUAAGAAUUCACAGAUACCCGCCAACAUCGGUGGUUUCGCAGGAUUGCCGGAUAGGAAGGUGAAGACGGAGAGUGGUUUAGCAGGCUCGGAGAUUGUAGCUACUGCUGCAGUUAUCAAGGACGAGUACAAGGAUGAUCAGGUUUGCAGUGAUCAGGUGCCAUUCUCCCAAAACGUAGCCAAUACACCAAAUUACCGGCACCGUGCCCAUCUUGCAGCUGCGCCUUCGAGCAGCAAUGUUAACGUCAAGCGUGACUACAAGACAGAACCAGUCCUUCGAGACGAGCCACUCAACGAAAAUGGCCUACCUACACCCGUUCAUACCCCAAAGAAACCCCUUCAGAACGAGCGUAUUCUAAAAAUCAUUUCUGAUGGGACCCCUGAAGAGCUUGAGGCAGAAGUUGCGACUUGCAAGAAUUUCCUUGAAGACUUGAAAAUGCCCAUGCAAGAGUUUGUGGGUGUAAACAAAGAUGCUCAACAUUGGGUCAUGCAACUUGAUAAUUUGCUCAAGCAAAAUGUUGAUACGCCAACUAUUAUUGGUGUUGUAGGAAACACCGGAGCAGGAAAGAGCUCGGUUAUCAACGCCAUGCUCGAGGAAGAACGCCUUGUACCUACAAACUGCAUGCGAGCAUGCACGGCUGUCGUGACGGAAAUGUCGUACAACCGCUCCAACGAUCCGAAUGCUUUGUACCGCGCAGACAUUGAGUUUAUCCAGGCAUCUGACUGGGAGAAAGACUUGAGAAUCUCCCUGAAAGAUUUGAUUGAUGGUAGCGGUCAGGUCUCCCGCGAUUGCACCAAUCCCGAAAGUGAGGCUGGUGUAGCAUACGCUAAGAUUAAAGCGGUUUACCCUUCGUGUACGAAGGACGACCUAGCGAACAGCAGCGUUGAGAAGCUCCUGAGUGAGCCAGAAGUGCGUAAAGUCUUGGGUACUACCAAGAAGAUCGAGAAGCCCAAGCCAGAGUUCUUUUACAAGGCACUUCAGAGCUAUGUAGAUUCCAAGGAGAAGUCGACCGAGGGCGAGAAAAAGAAAGGCGAGAAGAAGCAGAUGGAGUUUUGGCCACUGAUCAAAGUCGUUCGGAUCUAUACGAAAGCCGAUGCUCUCAGCACAGGCGCAGUCAUUGUUGAUCUCCCCGGAGUGCACGACUCGAAUGCAGCGAGAGCUGCUGUUGCUCAAGGGUACAUCAAACAGUGCACGGGUUUGUUCAUUGUUGCUCCGAUCAACCGCGCAGUCGACGAUAAGGCUGCAAAGUCACUUCUGGGGGAAUCAUUCAAGCGCCAACUGAAGUUUGACGGGACAUACUCGAGAAUCACAUUCAUUUGCUCCAAGACGGACGAUAUCUCAAUCAUCGAGGCAUCUGACAGUCUUGGCUUAGAGGAGCAGAUGAGCGAAGAUUGGAAAAAGAUUGAUGAGAUUGAGAAGAAGCAGAGAACUCUCAAGCAGAAAAUCAAGGACUUAAACAAAUCAAAAACCGUGUUCUCUAAACUGAUCGAUGACGCAGAUACUGGGAUCGAUGUUUGGGACAAGUUAAAGGAUCAGUUGGAAGAUGGCGAGACCGUCUAUGACCCCUCUAAGAAGCGCAAGCGCCCCUCCGAGCCAACAAACUCACGCAAGAAGGCGAAGAAGUCCAAAAAGAACUCCGAUGAUGAGGACGAGGGUGACGAGGACUUCAUUGACGAUGAGGAGGAGGAAGGCGAGGAGGACGAGGAGGACGAGGAGGACGAGGAGGACGAGGAAGUCGUAUCCGAAAAGGGAGAUCCUUUGACAAUCGAAGAGAUCGAUGCCAAGAUAUCUCAAUUCAAGGACGACAAGAAACGCGCGCGUGCACAGCGUCUCGAGGCUACAAGUCAAGCUAAGUCUCUUCAGAAGGAAGAGAAGGCAUUGGAGAGGAGUCGAGUUGAAAUCGAUGCUGCGAUGAGUGCUAUCUGCAUCGAGGGUCGCAACAACUAUUCCAAGGGAGCCAUCCAACGAGACUUUGCCGACGGCAUUCGAGAGUUAGAUAUGGAGACCGCACAAGAGGAAGAUCCUGAUCAGUUUAACCCUGAAGAUGACUUGAGAGACUACGACGAAGUUGCCAAGUCCCUGCCGGUCUUCUGUGUUAGUUCUCGAGCCUACCAAAAGCUCCGCGGUCGCUUGCAACGUGACAAGGACGUCCCAGGAUUCCGCACCGCCGAGGAGACUGAAAUCCCUCAACUCCAAGCCCAUUGCAAGAAGCUUACGGAGGCGGGCAGAGCCUCGAACUGCCGUAACUACCUUACCAACCUCUGCCAACUUCUCAAUUCCCUAGGUCUAUGGGCUCAGAACGACGGUACUGGAUUGAACUUGACGGAUGCUCAAUUAGCCGCUGGGACACGCUUCCUCAAAUUGAGGCUUAAAAUGCUUGAAGAAAGUCUAGACAAAGCUGUUCGCGAUUGCUUGAAGAAUAUGACUGAGGCGCUUGCUGAGAAUAUCUUUGAGAACUACGAACAUCUCGUUCAGCUCGCGGUCAAUGAGGCAAAUGGAACUGUUGCACGUUGGGGUGACAAGGUGAAUCGAGACAACCGAGAACUUGGUGGCUACUACUGGGCAACCUACAAGGCUAUCGUGCGCCGCGAAGGAGUGUACUCGAACACUCAAGGCCCGCAUGAUUUCAACGCUCAACUUACCGAGCCCAUCAUCAAACAUUUGGCCAGUCAUUGGGAGAAGGUUUUUGCUCAGAGACUACCUCGUGUUCUUUCGGAAUUUUCUAGGUCUGCAAAGAGCCUGUUGACUGUAUUUCACAAGGAGAUCGUGACUCAAACCAUGAAGACUGGAACUGGCUUGGCUAGACUCGCAUUACUCGGACAACAACUGAGAAAUUACGAAAAUAUUUUCGUGACAUUAUCCCACAAAAUGAUGGUUAUUAUCAGCGACCUCCAACGAGAGGCUAAUCGAAAUUUCACUCCAGUCAUUGCCCGAAAUCUCUCGAGUGCUUACCAAUACUGCACGAAUGAAAGUGGCAAUGGUCAGUUCAACAGAAUGAAGGCACACGUGGCACAACACGUGGACACGGUUCGCCAGAGCAUGUUCACUGAGAGCUGCGAGGAGGUAAAGGGCCUACUUCUUGAAAUGUGUAAGCAUGUUCAUCGUAGCAUGUCAGAGCAUACCGAUGAAAUUUUCGUUCGAAUCGAGCGGGAUUACCUGGAGGCCAUUUCUGGCAGCAAGCUUGCACAGGGACAGACAAUGCCGAAGUUCGAGCGCAAGAUGAGAUUGGAUGUUGCCCUGAUGAUUGCAGACCGGGAGAAGACUAUGCUCGAGGAGCAGGAGAGAGCUGCCAACGAGAGAGCUGCUGCAGAGGAAGCCGCUGCUCAGAUUGAGAAGGAAGCCUCAACAGCCGCAGAUCAGACCUCGGCACCUCCAGAAUCCGGUCUUCCUGGGGAGACAACUGCAAUUCCGGACAACGCACCAACAGAGCCACCAGCCUCGUUGAGCAAAGUCCCGAGAGAGGUCGCGAACGACGAGAUGGACCGAUCCUAA